UGGCGCUGCUGCUGCGGCCAGCGGCUGUCUCGUCUCGUCUCGUCUUGCCUCUGCUGGGACCGUUCCGUCCCUUUGCUGGCCAUUCUUCCCUACCUACCAGUCAUUGCGCUCAUUGUGUGACCCUUCCCUUGGUUUUUUCUUUUCUUUUUUCUUCUGUGUUUUUUUUUCUUUUUCUAUAUUUAUUAUAUUCAACAUCUACUUACCAUUCACAUCACCAUCACGAUCUUAUCUCAAAUUACCUUGCAACUAACCUGUGGCAGGCUCUCCUGCCAGGCUACUUUAGCUCACGCUCACUAGCAUGACCUGGUGAUGUCGUCCAGAUACCCUCCAUUGUCUGGGUUCAAUUCCCGUGAUCGUUCGCCCCAACGCUUCGGUGAUCGUCGACCCCCUGUUGGCCCCCGUGGCACGGAUGAUGCGAAUUUACCCCCGCUGGGCAGAGAACCCCCCCGGGGUCCCAAAGCCUUGAUCGAUCCCCCGCGAGGAGCCCCAUUCGGUGGGCGUGGCAGAGGUUAUCCGGGCCGUGGAGAUUUUCGGGACCGGGACCGCGACGUACGAGAUCGAGAUCGCGACCGUGAUCGCGACUUUCGAGAUAUUCGGGAUGGACCGCCACCCUUUCGCCGAGAUCUCGACCGGGACCGAGACUGGGGCCGCCGUGACCGCGACUUCGAUCCCCGUGAAUCGCGUAUCGGCUUUGGCCGUGGCCGCUCGCGCUCCCCGCCGCCUCCCCGCGACUUUCGCGAUAUGAGAGAACCCCUCGGACGAGAUGCAGACAUGAUUCGAAUGCGACGGGGCUCCCGAGACAGCAUGAUAUCGGUUUCAUCCGCAGUGCCGGAUGUCCCGUCCGGUGGCGGUCAUCACCCCCGCAGUGGCCCGCCCAUGCGUGGACGGGGCCGAGGUGAAUGGGACUCGGGACGUGGUCGUGGUCGAAUGCCGUACCUGGACGAUCGAGACUCCUUCAGACGUCGAAGUCGGUCACGAGACGCCCGCUGGGACCGGGAGCGCGAGCGCGAGAGGGACCGCGACCGGGAAAGGGAUCGGGAGCGUGAACGAGACCGGAUUUUAGAUCGCGAGCGGGACCGUGAUCGUGAUCGGGACCGCGACCGGGUCAUCCUCGAUCGUGAUCGCGAUCCUGAGCGGCGCGAGCGCGACAGGGAACGGGAGCUCGAACGACGGGAAAGGUUCGAACGGCGGGAGGAGGUGGACCGUCGGGUUGAACGCGAUGAACGUGACCGACCCGGCGACCAUUGGAAGCGCGAUCGUCCUCCCAGUCGCGCCGAGAAUCGAAUUCCGAGCAGCUCAACAGUGUCGUCGGUGACUGGGCCAACUGUCCUCCCGGUUCCCGGUCUGCCUGAACGGCUUCCAGACCAUCCACCCGCAGAGCCCCCUCGUAAGCCCUCGGGAGGAGAGGCACGUCGGGAUUCGCAACGCAUGGACCGCAUUGAACGUAUUGAACGCAUCGAGCGCAUCGAACCACCGGCGCCUCUCCCGGAGCAGCCAGCGAAGGACUUGGUUCCUCCUCCCGUGAAACGAUCCCCGCCCCCCGCUGCUCCCCAGGUGCCCGCAUUCGGUUCUGUCACCGCGCCCCUUCCCGAAAUUUCAGCCGAGAAACCUGAGAAGCCGGAGAAGCAGGACAAGCCGGAGAAGCCAGAGAAGCUAGAAAAGCUUGAGAAGCCUGGCAAGGUCGAGAUAUCCGAAAGACUGGAGAAGCCCCCGGUAGAUUCGACAUCAACAGCCACCGCAGCUACGAAAUCGGAGAAGGAACGGCAUGAGCUUCCGCCAAAAGCCCCAAUGCAUCCACCGACCGUGCCCAAAGCGGAGCGAGGUCCUCCCCAACAGCCGCUGGAGCAAAGGGUUCGACGUGAUGAUACGCGCCGUGAAGAAACGCCUGAUAUCCCGCCGAAGUCUGAGCCGGCUACCCGUCCCCCGAAGCCGCAUGUCCCAGCAGCAGCCGGCGGGCCGAAACCGACAGAUAUCUCACCUCCUACUGCUCCCGCGGCGAUGGUCCAGAAAGAUGCACCAGGCGCUCACGAAACACCGUCUCCAAGAAAGCUAGGGCCCACAAUAACCUCCCCAGAACUUGGACGGAGGCCAUCGGCCGCAGGGUCAGCCACUUCCCCGGGUCCGCACACUUCACCUCGGAUGCCUACAUCGAGUAUUCCUACCGGACCCCGUGCGCUUCAGCAACGCCCGUCAAUCUCUCGUGGCUCUUCGAAAGCUAUGAAACAAUGGGUGCGUGCGGGAUUCCCCAGCGCACCCUCUGGUCCAAGUGCUGCACCAUCAUCAAAGCGCGAUUCCAUCGAUGGAAAAGAGCGAAGUCUAUCACUUAGUGAAGAUCACAAGCUCGAGUCGCACAGCCAGGCCGAUGAGUCUGCCAACGGACUCGAGGCGGGUGAGAUUGUCGGCGAAGAUGAACCGGUAGAAUCAAAGCCUCAAAAACCCGCGGUGUCGUUUGAGUCGGCCAUGGACGUGGAUAUGCCCGAAAUUGUCGCGAAAACGCCAGCUGCCGAAGAGAAGCCUGCGGAAAAGGAAGUGCCCAAGGAGGCGCCCAGUGAGGCACCUAAGGAGGCACCGAAGGAAGAACCUGAAGAAGCAUUGAAGGAAGCACCCAAAGAGACACCAAAGGACCAGAGCACCGUCGUCAUACCGGAUUUUGGACGUUCAAGCGAUGAAGAAGAGGACGAGAAUGUUGUGUUUACACAAGACUAUCUAGAAGAACGGAAGCAGAUUUUCGAAAAGGAUAUGAAUGCUCUCCGUGCCGAGCUGCCGCCCCCACCAUUGGAAGACCCCAAUAUCGUGGCGCUACUUAUGCGCAUCCAGUAUUUGGGGAUGAUUGCCCAUGACCAGGUUCCUGAAAAGGCAUCCACACCUCCAGUGUUAGCUAAGGAUACCAAGAUAGCCAAGGAGGAACCAUCGGCACCCGAGAUGGAAAGUGAGCCGAAUGGCAAGGCUGAAGAACACGAGCCACCAGCAAAGGUGAUUUUGGAUUCUGUUCCUGCGGCCGAUGCACUUACUCUCGAGAGUCUGCCGUUUUUGAACUCUGGCCCACCGACACCGUUAUCGGACUUGGAGGUUUACCAGGAGAAUGCGGCCACUCAUGAACGUCUGAAAGACACCUUCCGCGACAUCAUCAUGAAACGUCGCAAGGACGUGGCGCGGAAGAAUGCCGAGUUGCGAUUGGAUUACCUUUCCUACUACAAGCCUUGGAGGCUGAAUGUGUGGGAGUUGGACCAUGCGAAGGAAAAGACUUCGGGUAGUCCCGGGCCCACUACACCACCUGCUGCCCCAGCCACGGCGACGCCUACACCUACGGUGGAAAGCGGAAGACGGUACAAGGGCAAUAGCGAACUGGACUUCCAAAAUGCCCUGCGCGCCUCUGAGAUUUCUGCCCAAGAAGAACUGGAGAGGCGUCGCGGCAACAAGGCUACUGCGCAGCCUGACCUCGCCCGCGAGGCUGUGAUUCCUGAGAUGCUUGAGCCCCCAGAGGUGAAGGCAGGCAUCUACAAAGACACCAAUAACAUCAUUGACCCAGAUCAGGCCAUGGAUGUCUUUGGGUUCCUACCACCUCGGAAUGAUUUCAGCCAAGAAGAGCACGAGAUCUUUACCGACGCGUUCAUGGCACAUCCGAAGAAAUGGGGCAAGAUUGCAGAAUCGCUUCCAGGACGGGACUUCCAGCAGUGUAUCAUUCACUACUACUUGACCAAAGAAGAGAUCAAGUACAAGGCCAAACUCAACAAACGGUGGAGCCGUCGUGGGCGUGCCCGGCGAUCUGCUCGACCCAAGUCCAAUGCGCUUAUGGCUGACCUGGGUGUUGUCAAACCGGACUAUGAAGGCGAAGAGGAGCCCGCUCCAGUCACCGAUACGGGCCGUCCUCGACGUGCCGCUGCCCCAACGUUCGGAGACUCGUCUGCCGAUACGGACAACAACGGCCGCCGUGGGAAUGCCUCCAAGGAUGGUGAGCAAGCAGAGAAGCCCAGUCGACGUGGACCUCGAAGCGGUACAGGCACGCGAGGUGGCCGACGAGGGAAGGCUGCCCAACAGCAAGCGCAGCAACAGCAGCAGCAACAACAGCAACAACAAUUGCAGCAGCAGCAGCAGCAGCAGCAGCAACAGCAGCAACAGCAAACACCACAACCUACCCCCUCGGAGCAAUCUCUCCAGAGCACGCCUGUUCCAGUGGCUGCCGCUGCCGUCACUCCUGCACCAAAGGUGGAGACUACGGAGCCAUCCAUGGAUGGAGCUACUGAAGCCCCGAUCGUGCGGCCCAAGGAGCCGCAAGAGCGAGAGGUAAACGAUGUGCCACCGCGCGCCAGGUCUGGUAGGGGACGUCCGAAGGAGGGCGUGUAUGUCUUCGAAUCCACUGAACAGGAGGCUCCAGCACCUGCCCGGCAGCCCGAGGUAGGCGGCUACGGGUCUCUACAGCCGACGAGUUACUGGUCGGUGCCUGAACAGCGCGAUUUUCCUUUGCUGCUGGCGCACUUUGGUCGUGACUUUGAGGGUAUAUCCAACUUCAUGAAGACGAAAACCACAGUCAUGGUUAAGAAUUACUUUCAGCGCCGCAUUGACUCGGGCCAGAAAGAUUUCGAAGAUAUCGUUGCCGAUGCAGAGGGCAAGAAAGCUCGUGGUGAGCCUACAGGUCCAUUGCCCGUUCCUAACUUCGCCUCUAAGCGGCGUUAUGAAGCUACACCAUCUUCUAUCAUCAUGCCUCGGCCUCUCGCCCCGCAUACUGAUACCGCGCCGGAUACAGAUGAUAGCCGGUUGGGAUCCAAGGGCAAACCCGCCAGUUCAACCCCCCAGCAGGCGCCUCUGCAGGCUCGCGCAGGCCAAGAGAAAGAGCGAAAUGUCUCUAGAUACCCACCGCUUGCGCAAGCCGCUAGUGCUCCAAUGGCAAGCGGCCCCAUGCUUAGUGAGGAUUCUGCUCGGGUCAUGAGCUCUCAGGCACCUUUGCCAUCGCGAAUGCAGGGACCCCGAAUGGGGUAUUUUGCCGAAGAACGACGAGAAGUCCCAGCAACGGUGCUGUCGCACACAGCUGCCACACGGCCCCAGGAAGCCCCCAUGUCCGUGCGACAAACUCCGGUAUCCGCAUCCGAGAUGGCGCGGCUGGAACCUCUCCAUGGCCAAGGGUUCCGACCCGCCAGCGUGGACGUGCACCGGUCACCAUUGCUUCCGGCACAAUCGGCGUUGCCAGGCUCGCAGCAGGCAUAUCUCCAACCUCAACAUCAACCUUCCUUGAUGCCUACAGGAUCCCACUCCCGUCAGCACAGCCUCACGAAAACGCCCAGCUCCCCGGCGCAACCGCUGCAGCGGCCGGAGCCGGAGAUAUCGCCUGUUCGACGUGAUUCUAUGUCGCAGCGGCCUUAUUUCGCAAUGCCAGGGCAUGUUGGCAUUCCUCAGUCCACCCCAAUCUUGUCGCCACCCAAGGAGCUGUCUCGACCUGGACCGCCUCCUGCGGAGCCGCCUGAGGCCCCUCGCGUGCCGGCGAAGCGGUCGAACAUCAUGAGCAUCUUGAAUGACGAGCCGGAAGAACCCCAGCCGCGCAAACGAUUCGCUGGCGACCCGUCGUCUUCGACACCCGCAGGGCAUACGGGGUCACCUUCUCGGCCUGUCUACGGUGGGAUGCAGUCACUCCCGCAACAGCCACCGCCACGUCAAGAGGAGACUGUUAUGUCAUCCCAGCAGAGAGCCCCAGCCUACGGUCCUCCAAGCCAGUAUUUGCCGCCAUCACGCGCCUACACAGACUACCAGUCCUACAGUUCUGUUCCAGGAGGCUCCGCAGCGCCUGCGAACAACGAUUGGAUGGCCCGGUUUGACCCUCGCGGACAGCCACCCCCACAACCACCGCAGGCUCCGUCGCAAUCGAGUAGCCGUCCUACCACCACGCUUGCCUCUCAGCCACCCUACUCCCCCUAUACGUCCACCCAAUCUUUAUCUAAUCCUUCCUUGCCGAACCUCACCGCUCCAUCUCCUGUCCCAACUCCCGCAUCAGUGACUGCGCAGCGCCCAGCGUAUCAUGGAUCCGCAUAUGCUCCUUCACCGGUGUCUCACGCACAGGCGACUGCGUCGUCCCGCGAACUGGCAGCACAAAGCCAGAUGUAUCGCCAGAGCAUCGGUUCACCCACCCAGCGUACCAGCAGCCUCGCUUAUGGUACCCGUCAAGGUCCGCCGACGCCGAUACAGUCUCCUGCGAAUCUGCUGGGGAUGGGAUCGCGACAGCCACCAGGCACGGUAUCGUACGCCUCGCCCGCGCCAGCCACGCCUGGAUCUAGCCAUAUGUCUGCGCAACAACAUGCGGCGCACCAGUCAUAUCAGCAGCACGUGCAGACCAUGGUCAGUGGGGCUCAUCAGCAAGCUGCGCACCGCCAGACGCUUGGAUUAGCUAGUGGGCCGUACGGUCACAACACUCCACCCCCGCAGGCAUCGGUCUCCCGGGCAGCGGGCUUGCCUGGACCGGGGCCGCAGUCGAUGUCGAUGGGUCGCUCCUACACACCCCCAGCAAUCUUGCAGCCCAGUCCUGGCGGAGGACUGAGCUAUGCGCCCAGUGGACCUGCGGCCGUUGGGUCGAUGCACCCCCUUCAAGCACGACCCGGGGGACCUGGAACGCUUGUGGAGGCGGUGCCGGGAGGUCACCCUACGCCAGGCCACCACCGAGUGUACAGUCAGGGGUCCAAUGCCGGGCCAUUGCCUGGGCCAAUGUCACAGCACCCACCUCGAUAGACUUGGAGUGAGAGGUGUUGAUAAUUUCAUCUCUUC